CCGCGGAAUAAAAGUACUCAGAGGUUCGACAGCACAGGAGUGGACCUGUGUUAUUUUUCUAAAGAGGAGAAUUGUCACAUUCACAGCCUUUGCAUCCUGUUUUAAAACACAUUUUGUCUAAUUUCUUCACCUUCGGCAUAUUAUUGUCAAUCAUGGCUGUCUACAAAUUAGUGUUGAUCCGCCACGGAGAGAGCAACUGGAAUCAGGAGAAUCGCUUCUGCGGCUGGUUCGAUGCAGAUCUGAGUGAAACCGGGGAAAAGGAGGCGAAGAGAGGAGGACAGGCCUUGAAAGAUGCUAGCUUUGAGUUUGACAUUUGCUACACCUCCGUUCUGAAGCGGGCCACCAGAACACUGUGGUUGGUCCUGGAUGCCAUUGACCAGAUGUGGGUGCCGGUGCACCGGACCUGGCGGCUCAAUGAGCGCCACUACGGGGGCCUGACAGGGCUAAACAAGGCAGAGACAGCCGCCAAGCAUGGAGAGGCUCAAGUGAAGAUCUGGAGGCGCUCAUUCGAUACCCCACCUCCUACCAUGGGACCAGACCAUGACUACUACAGUAUCAUCAGCAAGGAUCGGCGCUAUGCGGACCUGAGUGAGGACCAGCUUCCUUCCUGUGAGAGCCUUAAGGACACCAUCGCACGAGCUCUGCCCUACUGGAACGAGGAGAUUGCACCUCAGAUCAAACGGGGAAAGAGGGUCCUCAUCGCUGCCCAUGGAAACAGUCUGAGGGGGAUUGUAAAGCAUCUUGAGGGAAUGUCUGAUGAAGCCAUCAUGGAGCUGAACCUACCAACAGGCAUCCCCAUCCUCUACGAGCUGGACAAGAACCUGAAGCCUGUGAAGCCUAUGCAGUUCCUGGGAGACGAGGAGACCGUACGCAAAGCCAUGGAGGCCGUGGCUGCUCAAGGAAAGGCCAAGAAAUAAAGACACAGAAAGUCCUCUCUGUGAACAGAAAAGGCUGCCCCUAACAACUGACCACAUACGUGUUUUCCUAAAUCCUCGUUUAUUUUGGAUUGUAAUACAUGAUGAGUACACUGUAGGUUAUUGUCAAACACACCCUUACUCUACUUGCACAGUGUAGGGAUAGUAGAUAGUGAACCAUUGGGAUAUGUUGGGGCCAGGGAGCCACAGCUCUCAAGAGAUUGGAAAUAUGUAUUGCUAUAACGGCCCAUCAAUAUGACAAUCUUUAAGAAAUCAGAAUUUAACUGUAAUUGCUAGAACUGCUAAUACAUGCUGUUUAUCUGUGUAUUUGAAUAAGUACUUGAAUAAAUGAAUUACCCUUUGAAUAAUGAAAACCUUGUCAUUUAAAACAAAAAAAUAUAUUUUAGAAUUUCUUUGAUUUGGUGUCCUACGCAGGGAUGUUAAAUGCUAAUUAAACCAAUUACACAAGAAAAUAUACCACCACACUGAUUGUGGUAGGGAAGUUAUCAUACCGACCUUAUGAUUACCUGUCCAGGACGACAAUACUAUUUAUUGAAUUUAAAAACAAAGUGUGAUAUUGUAGUCUAUAAUUAUUUAAUUUUUAGUCUUUCACUUUUUAGUUUCAUAGUCUUAAUGAGAUGAUUUUCAAACAAAAAGGACCACUGCUAAGGAUGGACAACUCACCUUCUGUCUUACUUUUACAUUUUGAAAUGGGGAUGAAUGUUUGCAAACUCUUGAGAGCAAGACAGCUAGGACAACUAAAAAGUCCUUUUCUCUUUUUGUCUAUAGACGGUAUUUGUGCCAUGUCCUUGUAUGUUGUUGGUGUGUCGUACAUAGAAUUUUUUCUUUUUAAGUUUCAUUAGGUUUGGAAAAAUGUUAAUGGUGCCAAACACUGCAUCAGAAUGGCCUUGUUUACGGGACCAAUCCAUUACUUGGAACACCAUAUAAACAUGAUUAAAAGAAGAUAAAUUGUCUAAAUGUAACCUUUAUUUUUGUUACUCUGUGUUUCUGCCUUGGUGCCCGCUUUGUCUUUAUGUGCAUCCAGCUAUUUCCCUAAAGUAAAUGUCUACAGCAGUAGGCCUGCAUUAUGUCUUACAAUAUUGAACUAUUUCCUUUUUUUAAAUGUAAUUUCUUCUGUAUUGGUAAAAUGUAUCCUGAAGGCUCCGAAAGUAAUAAAGAAAGGCUUCAAGUC